CAGCCGUCGGAUCAGUCGCCCUCCGGCCACCGCCCCAGAUAUACCGAAAAUCGCCCUCGAUCCGCAGGUCCCGCGUUACAAAAAAUACUUCGCCAAAACCGUCGAGACACCCGGUCGGCCCCCCUCGUACGCGUCGCUCGCAAAAAAAAAAAAAAAAAAAAGAAAUCAAUCCACCGUGUCCGAAGAAACCGGAAACAGCGCGACGGAGUAAAGAAAACGGAAAAAACAGAAAAAAAAAGAAAGAAAUAAAGGGACGUACGUAAAAUUUGCAAAACGUCUCAUAUACCGCGCGUUACGCACAACGUAUAACGUACGAACGUGUGACUGGUUUUUUUUUUGCCGGCGUUGCAGAAAAAAGGGGAAAAUAUUUCAGCCCACCCCGUUCGCCCCCCUCCGACCCUGCCGCGAUCGUUUUCCCUGCUUUAUUUCACCGUUUACCACUAGAAGUCCGAGGCACAUAAGGCGGCGUUACACGAUGCUGAUCGGUUUGGUUCGCGAUUCCGUGCUCCAGUGCUUUUGCCACAGCUGCAAAGCCCCCCUGGGUCUGGUCGCUGGUCAACGGCGGGGAGCACCGAUGACCAAGAAACCGGCCGGCAAAGGAAAACCUCGAACGAAACAACCGAAAAAGGUCAAAUUUAUCACGACUGAAAUUCGAUGCCAAGAGAAAUCGAAGGGUGGUUUGUGCUACGAGGUAAUCUUGGCAGAGCCGACAGUCCCCAAGCGUACUUCUUCGCCCCCUCAGCCGAGUCCGACUCAGCAGGUCGCCAUAGAGGACAAGUUGAAAGCAGCCGAGGAGAGGAGGCUUUCUUUGGAGGCUCACAAAUUGGCCGCGUUGGCGACAAAGCUUGGCAAAAUUGAAGAAGCAUCUCGCAAGAAAGAUGAAUUGAGCGCAGCAUUCAUUGCUCAGACCCGAGAGGCCCUGGACGCCAAAAUGACCAAUACCGAAGAGAAACGAGAGGCACAUAUCGCUGACCUUAAGAGCAAGCUCAAAGAUCAUUUGGAGAGCGUUGAAAAGACUCGCCUGAGUCUGGAGCAGCAAACCGAGGAGGUUAGGUGUGCGGUUGAAGAGAAAUUGAAAACAGCCGCAGCCCAGCGUGACGAAAACAUUAAGAAGAUGCUGGACCGUCUAAAGGAGCAUGAGGACCAAGUAGUUCGCGUUCGCAAUGGAAUGACGGAGCGAGUUCAGCAGCUCGAAUUUCAGAUUCAAGGUAAAUUGGAUCAAGCACGUGAGCGGCGUGAGACAAUAGAGCGCGAGCAGAAGGAAAAGCUCCGCAACCAUAACACAGUGAAGAUAGCGGAAGUGCGUCAGGUAGCCGAGGUCUUUGCGCAGAAAGCACUCGAGGCUAAAGAGCGAGAGCUCGCAAUGAGGCUGACUGCUGCGGAGAUCAACCGACAGCAAGAGAUUCAACGUCGUGUUCAGGCUAUUCGCCAACGUGAGAGGCGUGCGGAGAUAGUGAGGCAGAACAAAGCAGCUCUUGCUGGACAGGAACCAAAGACAGGAGAGCAGCCAAGCCCGCCAGUGGAAAAGGAGACCGCCAGCUCCGGUUAAGUUGUUCGCCCCUUAAACAAAAAACAAAAGAAUAAGAAAAACAACUUCUCACGAUUUAAUAAAUUUUCAAUAUUUCAUAUAUAAAACGAGACAAAACCAACAAUACUAAUAAUAACAACAAUAACAAUAAUAACAACAAUAACACAAUAAUAAUAACAAUAACAAUACUAAUCCUCAUGAGAACAACAAUAAUAAUAAUAAUCAAAUACAAAUUAGAGCUUACCACGUGAAUAAGUAAAAUCUUGCUGGUGCGUUGAAAAAAUUUAAUCAAUUUGAACAAUUGAUUUGAUUUUUACCAAUUUUUUUUAUUUCUCCAAAAGAAAAGAAACGGUGCAAAAAGACUGGGUUUUCUUUUCGAGAUGGCGAAGGGUGCAUUACAAUAAAACGCUCAAGUUCCUUUGUUUUUGUUUUUCGAAUCAACUGGGUAUCACGACCAGAGUGAUCGAAAAAUUUUUAUAAAUCCAUUGGAGUUGACAAGAAUCGCACAUCGCUCAUUUCAAAAUUCUACACCUGUGUUCAGAUAACACAGAGAAAUAAAGAUCAUCGAAUUACGGUGGUUCUCACUGGGCUAAAACUGGUGCACUCUCUUUCCUUCUCUUUUCAUUGGGAAAACGAAAGAGAAACGAAACCACACUAUUCGUGCACAUUUCGACCAGUGACAAACGCCUUUUAACUAAUUGAUCUAGUGUUAUGACGCAUCUAAUCUGAGUGAUUUUUUCUACUUACAAUUAGUUGUACUAUACAUCUUUACUAUUUUCAUUGUUUUGAUCAUUAUUAUUAUUAUUGUUUUUUACUUUUAUCGUUAUUGUUGUUGUUGUCACUGUUAUUAUUUCCAUAUCGAUAUCCCAUUAACACUACCCGCUGUGUUUUCGGUUAUUUUUUUUCUCAUUCCCCCGACGAUACCGAAUUCUAAAAUUGCGAAAAGUGAAAUCUCUGCGCGUCUCGCGAAUAUUAAUCGUAUCGCGUUUAUAUUAUGCUAUUUUUUAUGCUCGUGACUGGAUAGAAUACGAAAAAGAUUAAAAAAAAAAAAAAAAAACACAGAGUUAUAAAUAUGAGCUUUACAUUGAUAUUUGCUUCCCUGUCUUUUUCAAAUAUCGUUUACUAUUAUUAUUAUACUAUUAGAAAAUAAGUUUUGUAUCUAAAUAUAUUUGAAAAACUAUUACCACCUAUUACAAUUAUUAUUAUUUCAUAUGAUUAUGAUUAUUAUUAUUAUAAUAUCACUAUUAUUAAGUUUCUUGAGUUUUUCAUUUUUAUACGCUUGAUUAAAUAUAUUUUGUCUUCUUUUUUUUUUCUUCUAAAACUUUCAUUCUCACCCAUUAUCGUCAGCUUUAAUAAUAAUAAUAACAAACUCAAAAAGCAGAAAAAAAAAAAUCAAAAUAAAAUAAAUAUAUGCGCACGCAACACAUAACAGUACGAUACGAUAUGAUAUAAAUAAACGAUCACAAAUUUACUACAAACACGUUUCAAUCAAUUCCCGAUUACAUUGUUGCGAUAAUAAUACUUUACGUCGGGUUGUUGUUGUUAUUAUUAUUAUCAGAAAUGCCAUCAUCAUUAUAUUCUCAACAUUAUUGUUUCGAAGUGAUGAUAUAGUUAAAGUUUAUGAAUGGAAUAUUCAAAGGAAAAAACAAAACAAAAGAAACGAUUCUAAAAAAUUUAUCGUCGUAACCGCUACAACUAGGCUUUUAAUAGUUGAAAACAAAAAAAAGUAAAGAAAUUGGGAAAAAAAGCAAAACUAAAGAAAUAGAAAGGAGAUUUUAAUUUUAACGAAUAACGCGAUAAACAUAACGUGUCUCUCAUAGAUAUAUGUAUAAAUUUCCUAACGAAGAAUUAAUACGAGAUUAGGAAGAAAUAUUGAUUUUUAACAAGAGAAAUAAGGAGUGGCGAGGGGGGGGGGAGGGGGUGAAGAGACGGCUUAAGUGAAAUAAAAAGCACACGCACCUCUGACGAGGAAUAACAAAAAUAACAAAAUGAGGCAGGGGCGGCGGAAGGGGGGGGGGGGGGAUGCAAAUGAUGCAAACUAGGGGAGAAGAAAAGAAAAAUUUCAAAGAAUAGCAUAACCGCGGGAGAAUGAUGAUUCGGAUAUACAUAUAUAUAAAUCCGUACGAUGCUUUAUACUAGGCUUGAAUCUUUUAAAAAAAAUUAACGUUUUUUGUACUCGAUCAUUGUAAUGAUAACUAUAUAUUACCGCUAAUCGAUCAACAAAAAAAUAAAUAAAAUUAUAUAUAUACACACAGAUAAAUAAAGCGACCCAAAAAAAAUUUAUAAAUAAAUAAAUAAAUCGUCAAAAUAAUAGCAGAAAAUUAAGUAUAAAAACGACGGAAUGAGUUUUUGCAUCUAAAUAAAAUCAAGAGUAAUAUUACUAAUAAUAAUAAUAAACAAAGAAAAAAAAAACACAAACCAACCAAAAAUGAUGCAUAAUAUAGCACACAAUUAUAUUAUUGAACACAAAAACAUGAUAAUAAAUAAUAAUAAUAAUAAUAUUGAUAAUGAUAAUGCUUCUGUGAUGACUUCACUAUCUGUCACGUACGUGUCUAGUUUUUAAGCCGAUAAUAAACAAUAAUAACAAUAAUUGAGACACAAAUAAUAAUAGUAACGUGAAUAAUAACACUAAUAAAUAAAAUGAUUGAUAGUUAAAAUAACGAUGAUAAUUGAGCCGCUCGUUUAUACUAGAAAAUAUUAUACUAUUAUAUAAUUCAUCUUCACUCAUUCAUAUAGUGAUAUCAUAAGAGCAGCGACAAUUUUUUUUCCGUUUGUUUGUUUGUUUGUUUUUUUUUUGUUUCUUUUGACUUUUCAAAAAUAUUGAUGCGAAUCAAAUGAAAAUUAUCGAAUAAAAAUUUCUAAAUUCAAUGAAUACAAUAUUGAAUGAUGAAUAUACCAAAAAAAAAUAAAUCACGCUCUUUAAUUAUGAUAUAAUUAAAGAUUACGAGUUACACAGAUACCGUUGAUGGUAUUGGUAUAAAAUAAUAAUAAUAAUUAUAUAUAAUGUAAUAAAUGCUUUAGUUGUUUUAUAGACCACAGAAUGAAGAGAAACGAUGUGAAUGAAUUAAACUGAGGCAAAAAAAAAAAAAAAAAAAAAAA